GUUCAUGAGCUUUCUUUUCCUGCUGGAUUCCCUUUUGUUUUCUCUUUUGGACUCAAUAAUCAAGAAUCAUUCGGCCCCUCACAGAUCAACAGGGCAAGAGGAGAAAAUCACUGGCAUGUUGGAGGAAAAGAGUUCAACAAACAUGUAUGAUCGCCUUCUAAAACUGGCGGCCAGUUCUGUUAAUGAGAAAGAGUUGAAGAGAGGUGAAUCAAAAUUUUGGGAAGAAUCAAACCCUCAGGCAUCAAUGUGGAAGCCUUGUGCCGACAAGAAGAGUACCCAAGGUGGUUUGCUGUCUGAACUGUGGUGUAAUUGUUUAAAGUUGUCGGGGCAGGGAAAUCCAGGAACAGUUACAUUGUGGCCAAUGGAGGCCUAAAUCAGCAGCGAGUUGCUGUCUGCAAUGCUGUUGCAGUUCCAUCCCUGCUAAAUGCAACUUUAGUCAUUCCCAAAUUUCUUUAUAGCAAUGUAUGGAAUGAUCCCAGGUCAGAAGUACAUUUAACUGUGUGUUGAGUCUAGAUUGGUUAAAUAUAUUGCUCCUAGGUCUUCCUCCUUCCAAUUUGGCCUCUUACUAUGUUGAUGCAUGCUUAUUGAGAGGAGAAUGAUGACUUAUCCGGCAUUAGAAGUCUCAAAACGAAAUUUGUUUUCUGAUUUGUUUCUCAAUUAUGUUUUUCCCUUCAUAACUGGUUCCUUUCUAUCCCUUUCCAUAAAAAGAUGUUGGAGAUUUCUUUCCGGGAGAAAAUUUUUUCAUGCAUUUACCUUUCAACAAAAGAAACAUGUUCUUGAGUUACUUUGAGGUAUUAUUGUUGAUGCAGU